GUUUUGACGUUUGUCAUCUGACCAACGAAGAAAUUUACAAUUACAUACACAUUUUCGUUGCAGUAUUCAUUUUCUACCACAAAAGGCUGAAAAAUUUUUAGGAAAAAAUGGCUUUGCAUUCAGCUAUUCGUGGAAAAUUGAUUUCAGUCAUUGGUGAUGAGGACACCUGUGUUGGUUUUUUGCUUGGUGGAGUUGGUGAAAUAAACAAGAACCGUCACCCAAAUUUCAUGGUUGUCGAUAAGAAUACUGCUGUCAGCGAAAUCGAAGAUUGUUUCAAGCGUUUCUUGAAACGCGAUGACAUCGACAUCAUCCUAAUUAACCAGAAUUGCGCUGAACUUAUUCGUCACGUGAUUGAUGCCCAUACAUCUCCAGUUCCUGCUGUUCUUGAAAUACCCUCCAAAGAUCAUCCUUAUGAUGCCAGCAAAGAUUCGAUUUUGAGACGUGCCAGGGGCAUGUUCAAUCCUGAAGAUUUGGUUCGUUAAGGAGUUCUCAAUACUGCAACAAAAUCGCCGAUGUCAUUAUGCUUCAAAUCCCAAAAUCGCUUUAAGUUAUACUUUUGUGAAAAUACUAUAAUAUAGUGCCGGGCGGUGACUUGUAAAGUGCUAUGUGUUUUAGUCCCUAUCAGUAAUUUAAAAAAGCAGGUGACUGGCGAAAUUCUUAGAUUUCUAUAUUGUUUCUUCCAUUCCAUAUUCAUAUCGUUAGGUGUCACCUGAAAGUGCAAUUUUAUUUUGUUCUGAGGUGGUUCACCAAUUAUGAUGACAUUUUAUUUUCAACUUUGUAUUCUUUUGUGUAUAGCUGUUUAUUGUUGGUUGUUCUAAACUGUAUUACAAAUAAAACAAAAGAAAAUUACCCAAUAAAUACAUAAGUAAACUAAAA